GCUGGGGUAAAGUUUAGCUGACUGUAGUGGUGAGUGGAUCUGCUGCUGCUGCUGCUGUAGUCGCUGGCCGACCCACAGCGGGCAGUUCUGAGACCCUGCUGGACCUCCUACAGGAAACCUGCCCCUUACCUUCACAUCCACAGUGCAGAACAAGACAACUGAAGUAUAGGAGAAGUUCAGGAGAAGUUCUGGAGAAGUUCAGGAGAGGUUCAGCAGCUGCCAUGAAGACAGAAGUCCAGAUUCUACUUUUCCUCCAGAUUGCCGUGUCGGCUCUCUUCACCACCGUGCUAGGCCAGAGUGAUGGCAGUAGCGUGGUGGUGGCCAUGUACAACAUCAGCGCCCCUCAAGGGUCUCAGGCAGUACUACAGUGCCACAGCCAGCGCAUGGUGUGGACUCAGGACCGACUGAACGACCGCCAGCGUGUUGUCCACUGGGAUCUGUUCCGCAGUGCUCCAGACUACACCAUGGAGAGGGUUCUGGACAUGUUCUCUGCAGGAGAUCAACGCAUCUACAAUGCCAACAACCAGGGACGCAUCAGCAUGGCACAGACGGCUUUUAAAGAUGGCAACUUCUCACUGGUAAUCAAGGAUGUGACGACGAAUGACAGAGGCAUCUAUUCCUGCAACCUCCACCACCAUUACUGCCAUCUGUAUGAAUCCAUCAAAGUGCAGCUCAACGUCACCAAGUCAGCUCGCAAGGAGCGACGCUUCUGGGAUGGUCAGAAGGCAGUGUACGUGGUCCUGGUGGGCAGCACAGUGGCACUCCCCUGUGUAAACCGUCGACCCAUCUGGACGGAGGGCAACAGUCAAGAGGACCAGCAGCAGGUGGUGCACUGGGACCGCCAGCCCCCGGGGGUACGCCACGACCGUGCCGACCGCCUUAUUGACCUGUACGCCUCGGGGGAACGGCGGCACUACGGGCCGCUCUUCAUCCAGCAGAAGAUGAACAUCUCGGACGAGGCAUUCUCCAGAGGAGACUUCUCACUCACCAUCUCGGACCUUCAGCCCCCGGACCAGGGCCUGUACUCCUGCCACCUGCACCACCACUACUGCGGCCUGCACGAGAGGCGGGUUUUCCAGCUGACCGUCAGCCCACCUACGCCAAAGGAACCUACUGAGGCUCCCCAGGCAGUGCCCCAUGAAGACCCAAACACAAACGUGGUGGAGGUGCCACCUCGGGUCAUCAACGUCAUCCUGCCGGAGCAGCGAGCUCACUUCCUGCAGCAGCUAGGCUACAUCCUGGCUACACUUCUCCUGCUGGCCCUUAUAGUUCUGGCCAUCAUCCUCCUCACCCGCCGGUGGAAGACGCGAGUUCUGGAAUAUGACCCACGUGCCAUCACAAAACCACAGCUGCCUAUUGUGAAAUACAUGGGACAUGUACCUCAAGUGCCUCAUACGCCUCAAAUGCCUCAAAUGAGUGUGGACGUCGAGAGAUGCGUCCCGGAUAUGAAGACGUGCUGCCCGGAGGAGACAAAGCUUGACUACAAAAACAACCUCCUGAAAGAGGCGGAGAUGUCCAAACACUUUUCACCGAAAGUCGUGGACUUGGACAGAGAGAUGGAGAAGUCAUCCUGGAAGUAAAAGAGAAGAGCCGACCGCUGGCUGGUCCAGGGGUGGAUACAAGCCGAACUGUACGAGAGGAAAGGAUGAAAAAAGAAUGAAUCAAAUAGAAAGAGAAAGAACAGAGACCAGAGAGGCCUUUUUUGAAUUAGUGUUGCUGUAUAUGUGUGUGAGAGAGUGUGUGCUGUGUCCGUCUUUGCUGUUUCACGUAUACUGAAAUAUAUACAGUACUAGUGCAUCUCAAAAAAUUUUAAUAUCAUUAAAAAAGUUACUUUAUUUGAGUAAUUCAGUUCAAAAUGUGAAACUCGUAUAUUAUAUAGAUGUAUUACACACAGAGUGAUCUAUUUUAAUCUGUUUUAUUUAUUUUAUUGUUGAUGAUUAUGGCUUACAGC